UUUAAGCACUUAAACAAAACAUAUGGUACCGAUGUCCCAUUGGUUUUGAUGAACUCUUUCAACACAGAUGAAGACACAGAGAAAAUUCUCAAAAAAUACAGUCAGGUGAAAGUCAAAAUCUUCACCUUCAACCAGAGCAGGUAUCCACGAAUCAGCAGAGAGUCUUUGUUACCAGUAGCAACAAAUUUUAAUGUUGAUAAUCUAGAGAGCUGGUACCCGCCUGGUCACGGUGAUGUUUACCAGAGCUUGGCCAACUCUAACCUUUUGGACCAGUUUAUCAAAGAUGGCAAGAAAUACCUGUUCAUGUCCAACAUUGACAACCUGGGGGCAACUGUAGACCUUAAUAUUUUAAAUUUUCUGUUGAAUCCCAACUCAGGACCAGCGCCAGAAUUUGUAAUGGAAGUCACAGAUAAAACAAGGGCUGAUGUUAAGGGUGGUACUCUGGUGGAAUAUGAAGGAAAACUUCGUCUUCUAGAAAUCGCUCAAGUCCCCAAAGACCACGUGGAUGAAUUUAAAAGUGUCAGCAAAUUUAAAAUAUUCAACACUAACAAUUUAUGGAUAAGUCUUGAUGCCAUAAAGCGAGUGGUGGAGGAUAAUACGUUACAUAUGGAGAUUAUAGUCAACCCCAAGACUUUAGACAAUGGAUUGAACGUACUUCAGCUAGAGACCGCUGUAGGGGCAGCCAUUAAGAGCUUUGAAGGUGCUAUUGGUAUCAACGUCCCUCGUCGGCGAUUUUUACCUGUGAAGACCACCUCUGACCUUCUGAUUGUGAUGAGUAACCUUUACAGUAUGAAGACGGGAUCCCUAGAGAUGAACCCCAAACGAUCCUUCCCCUCCGUACCUCUAGUCAAACUAGGCUCUCACUUCACCAAGGUGAAGGAUUUCCUAUACAGAUUUUCUAGUAUACCUGAUAUGCUCGAACUUGAUCAUCUUACAGUCUCAGGGGACGUAACUUUCGGUAGAACUGUCACACUCAAGGGUACAGUCAUAAUCAUUGCUAAUCAUGGAGACAGAAUCGACAUUCCUUCAGGAGCCGUGUUAGAAAACAAGAUUGUGUCAGGAAAUCUGCGUAUCCUGGACCAUUAAUUCAUGUUGCCAUAGUAACCGUGUGAGUGUUGCUGGUCACACUUGAGAUAAAACAGUUUUAUAGUCGCCCUGCAGCUUUGUGUGGAAAUACAAGUAUAAGCAUUUUGAAUUUUUAAAAAUAACACUUUUUUGUGAAGAGGUUGAGAUGCUUUAUUUCCUGAUACAAGAUAAUGUGAUAUUGCUUGUUGUUUUAGCAGCUUGAUAUUGAUAGCUUGUUAGAUAUUAAACCGAUUCUUAAAUGAAUGUUAAGAGUAAAUUGUCAUAAGGCAAUUGUUGUUAGUGCUUUUGGGGUUUUGUUUUUUGUUGAAAAAAGUAGCAUAAUUGUUUUCUAUAAUGUUUUCAAUGUUUUCAAAUUACUCCUUUUGGAUGGGAGUGUGUAUUUUUAUCCUUGAAUUCAGUGAGAUUUGAUCUCAUAGUUUGCUAACUGUAUGCAUGUUCAUAAUUCUGACUUUUUAUGGAAAAAAAAUUAAACCCAAAAAGAAAAAGAACUGACUUUGACAUUAUUCUACCAAUUUUUCCUAUCUUGUCCUAACAGUUAACAUAUGCCAUAAGGUUUAAUUGAAUUAAGCUCAAUGUCUGCCUCCUACAAAUCACUAAUGAGUAAUGUCUAUAGUGAAGUUAAAGUGUGAACCAUAAAACCUUUCUGUAUCCAGUUUUUAUUUGCAUAUCUGUUUUGUUUGGGGUUUUUUUGACAUAUUUAGUAUAAUUUGUAUCGUAUAGUGUUGACCUUCCUGGGCUUACUAAGCUUUUUAAAAGUGACCUACCUGUACUGGGUAAUUGUUAACAGUAGACAAUCAUUUAGAGAUCUACAUAUAUGACUUUAUAAAGUCAGAUCAGUUCUAUGUUUUUGGAGAAUUUCUUUCUUUUAACGCCUGUUGUUGGAUUAUUCUCCCUUGUUCCAUAAAAGCAAAAAAACGUCAAAACCUAAUUUUUAAAUACUUUUUUACUUUGUAAUUGAAUGUUUGGUGUGCAAAUAUUGAGUUUCAGUGGAACACAUAUGUAUUUUGAUGAUAUGAAUGGUUUUUUUUUUUUAUUAUUUGGAUUUACUUCAAGUUAUUUUAGAAGAUAUAUGUACCUGAAUUUGUCCCAAAACUGUGGGUUUUUUUUUUUUUUUCGUUUUUAUAUUUUGUUGGGAGUGAAAAUCCUACCUUCUUAUGUAUGAAAGUAAAUUUUUGAACGGUAGUUUUUUCUGUUUUCUUUCAGUUUGCAGUGAACAAAUUCUGCUUAAUAGUCAUCAUUUACAACUCAGGUCUUUUGUUCCAUAAAGGAUUUUUUUUUUACUGUAGGCCAUAAUAAAGCAAACUGCAAUAAAUAAAUAUUUACAUUUCUAGUGUAAAUACAGUGUAUUAAAUAGUAAACAUUUUUUUUUUCAAUAUACCAAUCUCUUUACACACAAGUUAAAAAUUAUAUUUGCAUUUAAUGUUUGAAAAUAUUGAUGUUACAGAUUUUUUCAGGAAAUACAUGUACAUGCAUCCACUAGCUUACGAAACAGAAUAUACAGGCCAUGAGAUGCAAAGACAAAGAAAAUGUUCUUAGAUCAAAAAGCAUUUAAAUUAAUGUUUAACGGACAAUUUUUUUAAAGUUAAGUGUACUGAAAUGUCAGAAUUUUAAUCAAAGGCUUAAUCAUUUAUACAGCUUGCAUUCAACUUUGAUUUUUCCUCAUGCCUGGAGAGUUGUGUAUGUUUAACCUUAAAACAUGUAUUUGCUUUUUGUUAAAAAUGAAAAUAAAAGUUACCAAGUACAAUAUUAA